GGAGGAGGACCGCAGGAAACAGAGAUGGCUUCUUUAAUGUGGGGACUGGUGUGCGUUAUCGGCGUUGUCCUGGCACCGGGAUCUUUUGGCACUUUCUCACAGCCCCGGUCGCACAUUACGCCCCCAAUUCCACAAGUGUCCCCGCAGGUGCCCCCGAAGUUCUAUGGGCGCCUCGACGAUAACAGAUCUACUGACCAAACCUCCGACGAAGCACUAAAUGACGAAAAAUUUCAGCAGCUCCAGGCGGAUGAUUUCACCGUCCGAGGAGUCCAGGAGCGGCGGAAGGCGCGAGCAGAUGCUGGCACGUAUUCCACAUCUCAGCCACUACAAAAAAGCCCAAAGCUGCUUUCACCACUGCAAGACAAAGCUGCACCACUUGGAUCCUGGAAGCCUGCUGGAGACCCCAGAGUAUCAUCGUCAUCCAUGAGAACUAAUGCAGCAACAAGAACCAACUGCAGAAAUCGACCAAUAGAUCUGGUUUUCAUCAUUGACAGCUCCCGCAGUGUACGCCCUGCUGAGUUUGAAAAAGCCAAGGAAUUCCUGGUGGACAUGGUGGACAGUUUGGCUAUUGGCUCUGAUGCCACUCGAGUAGGCCUCGUCAAUUAUGCCAGCACCGUGCAAAUCGAGUUUCUGCUGAACACAUAUUCUGACAAGUCUCAUGUGAAGCAGGCACUGGCCCGUGUUGAGCCCCUUGCUUCAGGCACCAUGACAGGGAUGGCCAUUAAGACGGCCAUGGACAAAGCUUUCACCAUGGAGGCAGGAGCCCGAGCUGGCUCCGCAAGCAUCGCCAAGGUGGCCAUCAUAGUGACAGAUGGCAGGCCCCAGGACAAGGUGGAGGAAGUGUCAGCAUCAGCACGAGCAGCAGGGAUCGAGAUCUACGCUGUGGGAGUAGACAGAGCUGAUGUGGCGUCUCUCCGACUCAUGGCCAGCCAACCUUAUGAUGACCAUGUCUUCUAUGUGGAGACCUAUGGUGUCAUAGAGAAGCUCACUUCAAAAUUUAGGGAAACUUUGUGUGGUUUGGAGCCAUGUGCUCAGGGACACAACUGCCAGCAUAUUUGUGUCAACAGUGGCGACUCGUACAACUGCAAGUGUCGCCCGGGCUACAUCCUUAACCUGGACAAGAAAACAUGCUCACGUUCAGAUCCAUGCGCCCGGGGAAAUGACUGCCAACACAUUUGUAUCAACAGUGAUGACUCGUACACCUGCAAGUGUCGAGUUGGAUAUGUACUGAAUGUGGACCAGAAAACAUGCUCACGUUCUGAUCCAUGUGCCCAUGGUCAUGAUUGCCAGCACACUUGUGUUAACAGUGAUGACUCAUACAUCUGCAAAUGUCGAGUGGGAUAUGUAUUGAAUCCAGAUAAGAAAACAUGCUCACGUUCAGAUACAUGUCCCCAGGGACAUGACUGCCAGCAUGUUUGUUUCAGCACUGGUGAUUCAUACAUGUGCAAAUGUAAAAUGGGAUACAUAUUGAAUCCAGACCAGAAAACAUGCUCACGGUUGGACUUAUGUGCAAAAGGACAUGAUUGCCAGCACAUUUGUGUCCACAGUGACGAUUCGUAUGUCUGUGAAUGUCACGUGGGAUAUGUUUUGAAUGCAGACCAGAAAACAUGCUCACGUUCCAGUUCAGAUGCGUGUGCCAAGGGACAUGACUGCCAGCACAUAUGUGUUAAUAGUGGGAAUUCAUACAUCUGCAAAUGUCGAGUGGGAUAUGUGCUGAACGUGGAUCAGAAAACCUGCUCACGUUCAGAUGCUUGCGCUCAGGGACAUGACUGCCAGCAUGUUUGUAUCAACAAUGGUGUUUCUUACACAUGCAAGUGUCGAGAAGGAUAUGUGUUGAAUACAGACCAGAAAACAUGUUCCCAGGAAAUGAGGAGUGAAAUAACCGAGGAUGCCUGCAUGUGUGAAGCUCAGAUUGUGUUCCAGAAAAAAGUACAGUCAACCAUUCAGGAGCUGAGCAGAAAACUCAAUGAACUCUCAGACAAAGUGAAUCAGAUUGAAAGCCACCAGCAAUAUUAAGAGCAGCAAUACCAUCAGAGGGCAAGUGCAGAGCAUGCAUUGCAUCCAGCUUCACGACCCAUGGGAGUCAACCUGUAAACAUCUGUAAACUGGAAUGUUAACAUUUCAGUGAAAGUGUGCGUGGUUUUGAUUUUUGUCAUAUUAAAUCUGGAUUUUUUGGAAUUUGCUGCCCAAUCUGUUUUUACUUUUUACUUUUGCUGUAAAGUCAGGUAAAACUGGUGUACAUGUUUACAUAUACCUGGGUUCCUAUUCAAAUAUGGAUGACAACUUAUUUAUCAACAUGUAGUCAACUAAACAUCUCUGCUUCUAUAAUUGUUGUUUAUUCAGUAGACAGCCUAUUACUUUCCUAUUGUGCAUACGCUACUUUGAGAGCUUUUCUAUGUCAGUGAAGUGUAGCUCUUGGCAGAACACUCAGCCUCCAUAGCAGAAAGAUAUAAGCUAAUCUCUUAUGCAACAAGAGUUUUAUAGUCGUCCGUCAGAUUGCAGCAUUAUAAAAAAGACCAAAAAUGAAGCCUGAUUCAACAGGCUCAUGGCAUGUUACAUCACAGUGAUUUAUUAUAUUCCCUCUCUUUGAUACCUGGAUUGUUUGAUAACCUUUUUAUUAUGAUUAUAAUUAUCGUUUUGCUUGCACAAAUGUGAUUGGUAAUUACUAUUUUGUUUGAAGGAGAUGGAAAGUAGUUCCAAGAAUUUAAGUAUUACCAACUCUUCCAGUACUUUGCACACUAUAUUCGUACUUAACUGUCUGUAUAUUGAUUUUGUAAAGGGUA